AUGCACGAAAUACUGAAUGGGUUUUGGAAGGAAGGAAAAGUUAGAAAUGGGUGGAGAAAAGCUAGAAUAUAUCCCAUACAUACGGGAGGGGAAGAAAAGGAUACAGGAAAUUACAGAGAAGAUUCUCUAUUAGACAUAGGGUAUAAAAUAUUAGAAACCAUCAUGGAUAGAAGAUUGAGGGCUUGGCUGGAAAAUAAGGGAUUAAUAAGAGAAAGCCAAGCGGGAUUCAGGGAAGGAAGGUCAACGAGAGAUCACGUAUUCGUGCUAAAUUCUAUAAUCAAUAAUAAACUUAAGAGAGAAGGAGGGAAGCUGUAUGGGAUUUUCAUUGACUUUCAGAAAGCUUUCGAUACAGUAGACAGAAAUAUUCUCAUCGGGAAACUACUUUCCAGUAGAUUAAAGAAAUCCUGCAUUAAUUAUUUUUAA